GCGUAGUGUCUGUGCUUUAAUAUUUUUGUGAUGCCCUUUCAAGCUUGUCUGACCCUGAACGUGGGUCCCAUUUUCAGAGUUCUCUAUUGAUUGUAAAGCAGCACUUUACAUAACAAAUCCAUUUUCAGUUAGCUCGGUGCUUUUUAGUUAUUGAUCACCUAUAGUGCAGAGAGUUGUGCAAUGAUUUAAACCGGUUUUACGUUCUCCGUGACACGGGCUGUUUCUUAAGUUUGCAGGUGUGGAAUGUGAUUUGACCGGAAAGUCUGGCUUCCGUGUUUUGAUCCUGCUUGUUCUUGUCUUGUUUGUGAUUUUUGCCUCCGGUGUUUAGCAUGGUUGGUCAAAACUAUUUUACUUUUGGAUUCGAGAAGUUCAGUUUUAGCUAUAAUAACCCAUUUUAAAUCAAAAUAUGCAAUACUGUGUACUUAACUGGUUAGCCUAGAAAUAAAAAAAUGGUCAUUUCAAACCCAUGUGACUUGAUUUCUCUGAUGUAAAAUGACACCCAAAGUCAUGGAAAAAAACGAUGCAUGAACUGAUACGGUCAGAUCACUAUAAUUCAUCUAUUUUUGAAGAAAUUGAGGCAUAUAGGUUUGGAACGGGCUGAGCUUUGAGCAGUUUUUUUGGGGGGUGAACCCGACUCGUUUGACUGGCUACAAGUCUCGCAAACUCAUGUGUUUAAGCGCACUGUUAUUUUGUGAUUUCUCGUUGAUAUUUUGUUCUUGCAUGUGCACGUUUUGUUCUUUUGAGUGGUUCUACGUUUGUGAACAUUUGUUGCCUGUGUUCAUUGGAGUUCAUCUCUGACUUUGUAUAUUUCCCGAAAUACCAUUAAAACGAGAAUCUGAUUGGCCAAGGGGCGGAGCUUACUGUCUGCGCGAGCGCUCAUUGGAUGAGCGUUCUGUCACUCAGGCGCGCCACGGGGUUUUAUUUUUAGACCCCAGCGAGGCGCAACAGCAGCUGAAUGAAGUUCAGCGGACUCACGCUAUACGCUUUCCUCGCGUCGCCGAUACAUGGAGCCAGUUCCAGGCGGCUGGUUCACCGUGACUCGCUGUGUGGCGGCCGACUUUGAGUUGUGUUACGUGGAGUAACAGGUUUAAUAAGGCGCGCUUCGUGCUAAACAUUUCGGCAUGAUAAAAACCUAACGCUACUAUUAACUACGUUUUUGCAGUCAUACCUGACCAAAUUGUCAUCGCAGGAUACCCGUGGGUUGUUAGAGAACAUGCAGCCUUCGUGAGGGGCUUCACAGUGCGUGUCAUUAGAUGGGGUCUUGUGAGUUUAAUAAACAGCGCAGUCAAUGGGACGUCAGUCAGACUAGAAAACGCAUAUAGGGCGCAUCCAGUCACUAAACGCAGCUCGUUGGAUAGCCCCGCUUUGGAAAUGUCGGCGAUAUCUGCGUCCGAGAAAGUGGAUGGAUUCACGCGGAAAUCGGUGAGGAAGGCUCAGAGGCAGAGGGGCUGUCAGGGCUCGUCUCAGUUCGCGGCGAGCAGCAGCAGGCCUGCGGCUCCGGAGAUCUCUGCGCUCCCGCAGCUCAAAGAUGCAUCUUCCACAGAGCAGCAUGAGCUGUUCAUGCAGAAACUACAGCAGUGCUGCGUAAUGUUCGACUUUUAUGACACAGUGACUGACCUAAAGAGCAAAGAGACCAAACGGGCCACUCUCAGUGAACUUGUGGAUUAUGUGUCCACUAACAGAGGAGUUCUGGUAGAGCCUGUCUAUCCUGAAAUCACCACCAUGGUUAGCACAAAUAUUUUCAGAACGCUUCCACCCAGUGAAAACCCUGACUUUGACCCAGAAGAAGAUGAACCCACUCUAGAAGCCUCCUGGCCACACAUGCAGUUGGUGUAUGAGUUUUUCCUUCGAUUCCUAGAAAAUCCAGACUUCCAGCCAAGUACUGCCAAACGUUAUAUUGACCAGAAGUUUGUGCUACAGCUCUUAGAACUGUUUGACACUGAAGAUCCUCGUGAGAGAGAGUUUAUAAAAACGGUUCUGCAUCGCAUCUACGGGAAGUUUCUGGGUUUGCGUGCCUUUGUUCGGAAACAGAUCAACAACAUUUUUCUGAGAUACAUCUAUGAAACUGAGCACUUUAAUGGAGUUGCUGAACUCCUUGAGAUUCUGGGCAGCAUCAUCAAUGGCUUUGCUCUGCCGCUGAAGGCUGAACACAAGCAGUUCCUCAUGAAGAUCCUCAUUCCCAUGCACACUGCCAAAGGACUCGCACUGUUCCACGCACAGCUGGCCUACUGUGUGGUUCAGUUCAUAGAAAAGGACCCGACCCUCACUGAAGUGGUGGUUCGUGGCCUUCUUAAAUUUUGGCCUAAGACGUGUAGUCAGAAAGAGGUCAUGUUUCUAGGGGAAAUUGAAGAGAUCCUGGACGUGAUCGAACCUACGCAGUUCAAGAAGAUUCAGGAGCCUUUAUUUAAGCAAAUCUCUAAAUGUGUAUCCAGCCCUCAUUUUCAGGUAGCAGAACGAGCACUGUACUACUGGAACAAUGAAUACAUUUUGAGUCUAAUCGAGGAGAAUAAUGCCAAAAUCCUUCCCAUCAUGUUUGGAAACUUAUACCGGAUCUCCAAAGAACACUGGAACCCGACGAUCGUGGCCCUGGUGUACAAUGUAUUAAAAACACUGAUGGAGAUGAACAGCAAACUGUUUGAUGAACUGACGGCUUCAUACAAAUGUGACAGACAGCGAGAGAAGAAGAAAGAGCAGGAACGUGAGGAACUGUGGAGGAAGCUGGAUGAACUCCGACUUCAGGAGACAUCAGCCAUCCAGAAUAACAGGCAUGAGAUCCAGUUCACGUACAGCAACAACAAUAACAACAACAAUAACCUUCACGAUAAGGAUGAAAACCCAGCAGCAGCCAUUACUGACAGAAUUGAGAGCAACACCUGGGCCAAGUGACACUGCCCUCUUUCUUCUUUCCUCAGUGUUUUGCGGGUUUACAGAUGUAAACCAAUGUAGAGAGCAGUAAGGAUAUGGACCUUCAGAAAUAAUCAUUUUUAAGGAAGAUUUUAUUUUAUUUUUUCCCCAAAAAUCUAUGUAAAACUAAAUCAAAAUGCUAUUUUCUCCUGCUAAAGGAUAAUAUAUUUUCUGUAUGUAAAUCUAUUUUGGAUGUAAAGUGUGGUUAUAGUAAGUUAUGGAAGUGCGAUCACAUUUGCUCUUCGGUGAAUUUUCACUAGUGAAAUUCAGAAAUUCAGAAGUUUUAAUAUAGUACUUUUGUUAUAUUAUUAGGGAAUAUAUCUUGAAAGGAUUUAUUUUUAACUAUUCUUGUUCAAUUUGGCUUCUAGUUUUUACUAGAAAACACGACAAAAAUACUGACAAAAGAAAUAUUUUUGGCGGUGAGGGCUAUAUUAAGACACAUGAGCAAGCUUUAAAAAUGAAAUGUCUGUUUAAAAAAAGCAAACACUACCUUGAGUUUGAAAUGUAUUUUACCAUAAAUGUGACCUAAGCUGAAUAUUAACAUUUGAUGCCUAAAGUUCACAUGAUACGUAAAUUAUAUUCCAUGGAAGUGUCAGAAAUUAGCCUUAGAAAUGCAAAAAGUGAAGCACAAAGGUAGUGAACCUGGUCAGAAAGCCCUGUCCAAGAUGAAAACGUUUUUUUUUCUUCUCAUAAUACCAGCCUUGCAUUAUAAAUGCAACAUCUUUAAAUAUUAUAUUUUAUUAAAAACGCAUUGCUUUCUGUAUAAUUUGGAUCCACUAUGCAUUUCGCAGGUUGGGAUUAAAUCAAAUAGAUCAUUCUUAGACGUAACUCAGGGAUAACUAAUGCUCCCCACAUGUUAUAGAACGGUGACAAAGGGUUUUUGUUGUUGUUUAUUUUCUCAAAAAUAGAAAAAAAAUGUAAUAUGUUUAAAUAACCAAUAUUAUAAAUGAGACUCACUGACAUUCCAUUCAACAUUCUAUUGUUUUGCUUCAACCAAAAAUGGUCUCAUCGUUAUGCAGUUAUGUUUUCAUGAGAUUUCCUGUGAGAAUGUGUAAAAUAACCUUGUUGUUAUGUGCUAUCCUGCAUUAAAAUGCCAGGCUGAUGUUUAUUUUUUCCCCAUGUCAUAUUAGUGUUCUGUAUGCGUAGGAUAACUGCAAGACCCAAGACGUGUCACUCU